AGGGUUAAAGGGGCGCGCCCGUGGGUCGCGGACUGUCCGGUUGCUCCCGCCUCCUUCCGUCGGAUCCGCGCUCUCCCGCGGCUGCGCCGGCCCGGCCGCCCAGGAGACAAAGCGCUGCCGCCGCCGUCGCCGCCGCCGCCGCAACCGGGCCAGUCCCGAACCAUGGCCGGGCCACCCCGCAACCUCGCGCCUCCCGUCCCGUCGCCGCCCUAGGCCUGCGCUGCGAGAUGCAGAAACAGAGGCCCAGAGAGGUGAAUAGCCUGCCUGGGGUCCCCCAGCCCAGAUGCUGCAGAGCUGACAUUUGAAUCCAGAGAAGAGCGAGCUGAGGCUGGAGCUGAGCAGAGGGCAGGGAGGCAAGUGGUGGCCUGAGAGUUUGCUGAGGAUGAUGGCUUCCAGCUCCAUCUAUUUCCCCGCCAAGGACAUGAUCUCAUUCCUUUUUAUGGCUGGGUAGUUUUCCAUGGUGUGUAUGUACCACAUUUCCUUUAUUCAGUCUAUCAUUGAUGGGCAUUUGGGUUGGUUGAUCUCAGUUUCUAAGUCACAACUCAUGUUCCAUCUUCUAGGAAGCCUUCCCUGACUGCCUAUGUGGCUGACAGGAGGUGGCAAGGACAACCCCCUCCACCCUAGGACAGGUAGUCUGGCAGGGCCUCACUGCGGUCACCUGCUCCCAGGAGAGCCACCACCCUGACCUCAUUCCACCAGGCUCUGAGAAAGACACCACCCAGGCAGGGCCCCAGGCUCCCCUCCAGGCCCCGCGAUUGCCACCAUGAAGCUGAACGAGCGCAGCCUGGCCUUCUACGCCACCUGUGACGCCCCAGUGGACAAUGCAGGCUUCCUGUACAAGAAGGGUGGGCGGCACGCGGCCUACCACCGGCGCUGGUUCGUGCUGCGCGGGAACAUGCUCUUCUACUUCGAGGACGCUGCCAGCCGUGAGCCCGUGGGCGUCAUCAUCCUGGAGGGCUGCACCGUGGAGCUGGUGGAGGCCGCCGAGGAGUUCGCCUUCGCUGUGCGCUUCGCGGGGACCCGGGCGCGCACCUACGUGCUGGCCGCUGAGAGUCAGGAUGCCAUGGAGGGCUGGGUCAAGGCCCUGUCGCGUGCCAGCUUCGACUACCUGCGGCUGGUGGUGCGCGAGCUGGAGCAGCAGCUGGCGGCUGUACGUGGCGGGGGUGGCAUGGCCCUGCCCCAGCCCCAGUCCCUGCCCUUGCCCCUGUCCCUGCCCUCUGCCCUGGCCCCAGUCCCGUCCCUGCCCUCUGCCCCGGACCCGGUCCCAUCCCUGCCCUCUGCCCCGGCCCCGGUCCCGUCCCUGCCCUUGCCCCGCCGGCCCAGUGCCCUCCCGCCCAAGGAGAAUGGCUGCGCUGUCUGGAGCACUGAGGCCACCUUCAGGCCUGGACCCGAGCCCCCUCCACCACCGCCUCGCCGCCGGGCCUCGGCACCCCAUGGGCCCCUGGACAUGGCCCCCUUCGCCCGGCUGCAUGAGUGCUAUGGCCAGGAGAUCCGGGCCCUGCGUGGCCAGUGGCUCAGCAGCCGGGUCCAGCCCUGAGGCCGCCAGGGCGCCUGUUUUAGGGGGACACAAGCUCUACGCCCUCUGGGACAGGCCGGGUCCUGGAGAGACUGGGGGAGCAGAUCCUGAGGGAAAUCAUGGGCAAGGCUGGCCCCCAGGCCCUGAGUGGCCUGGUUUUGGGGGAUGCAGGCUCUGAGAAGGUGCUGGAUUCUGAGUGGGCCUUUAGGACCAUGUGACCCAGAAGGCCUACCCUUGAGGGGAACCUCACGUGCAACACUAAGGAGAAUCCAGGGCCUGAGGGGGAGGUUUCCUGAGAACUCCGGCCCCAGGCUGGCCUGAGCUGCCCGGCAGAGGCCUGUGCUGGCAACAGGCAUUGCCGGGCCUGCAGCUCAGAGGGUCACUGGGACUGAGGGCGAUCUGUGGCCUGAAAAGCAAAUGCACAGUUAAUGCAGCUCCUGACCGGGCCUUCAGGGUGGACAGAGGGAGGAUCGGUCGUGGCAGCCACAUCUGGGCCUGGCCUUGCUCCAGGACCUGCCAGAGGAGCUGGCCUGGCUCUGUGCCUGCCUGCCUCCAGGAGCAGGACGGUGGCUUGGAGGGUAGUGACUGGGGACACAGGUGCAGGUGUUAGUGCAGGACCGGAAGGGUGAGGUGGCCUGGUCCCCGGGGCUCCUGGCCUGGGCUGGCUGAGGCAGGACUCUGCCAAGUCCCCUGCCAGGCCUCAUGGUGGUGCUCCUGGUGGCAGUGGCUCUCUGGCCGCGGGCCCUGUCUGUCUCCGUGGUGGCUCUCACAGGGCUCUCCAGACACUCCUUGACUGCAUCCUUCAGUCUUGGCCCCUGGGCCUGGGGCCUCUUGGGAGCUUGCCUGACCUCCCUUCCUGGGCUGGGUAGCCAUGGCCCGAGGUGACCUUCUAGCAGGUUCCCCCAGGGAGGGGAGGCCACCAGCUGUCUCACCGCCUAGGAAGUCCCAGGUGCUGACCUAGUGGCGGAGAAAAAACAGCCACACACCGAGUGUGGCUUCCAGAGCCCCUCUUCAGCUCCAGGCAGUCCCCUCUAACAUGUCCCCUCCUGAGCUCAGCCCCCACCCCCAUACUCCUGGUGGGGACCAGGUCUUGCUUGGCUUCGGGGCUGACCGCCGGUCCCCUUUCUUUUCACCACAGUGCCCAUUUUUCAUCCAGGGAGAACCUCGGGGCUGGGACACCUCCUGGCCCUCACCCUGGGUCAUGUUUACAGUCCUCAGUGCCCCACACCGGUGGCCCCCUGAGGACACCUCCACCCUGACCUUGAUUUUCCCAAACGCUGCCUCUUGGUGACAGACUCAGCCCGAAACCCCUUUCUUCUGUCUCUGGAGACCCUUGAGCUUGGGGAAAUAUGGAGGGGUGUGUGUCUGCAAUCAAGGCCUCUGCAGCUCACGGCUGGCCCGGUGGGCUGGGACUUCCGUCUGAAUUUUAAAUACUUAGGGUUCAUUUUUUUUUCUCUGGCAACAAAGCUUGAUGUUUUCACUGCUUUAGUUUCCUGUUUGCUGGUGGGAGGGGAUACGGUCUGUGACUCUGGACUUGCUCUGGGGGAACAGUUGUCACUGCCCCCGGGGAGAGGGGCAGCUUGGGCUGGAGAAGCACAGCCAGAGACAGAGCCCCUUGAGAGGGAUCCUUGGCUGCUUCAUUGUCUUCCCCCCAGCAAGCCCUGCUCUCCUCCACAGGCACCUCUGGGGUCUUGGUACGGUCCCCGCUCACCUCCUUCCAGAGUCCUGAGUGGUGUGGGUGUGGGUGGCACAGGAUCUGGGGCAUGGGAGGGGUUCGGAGCUGCCCAGAGCCCCGUGUCCUGGCAGACUCAGCUGGUGGGCUGGGGUGUUAACCCCAGUCUUGGCGUAGGUUUACAGACUCUCAAGGUACGUUGGCCCUGGUCUCCUGGGAGAGAGGGGUGAGGGAUGUCCCCUACCAAAGCACAAGGUGGGAUCAGGCUGCCUCCUGGGUUGGGUGUCGGGGGAGCUGUCCGGCAGCCUGGCAGGGAGAUGCAAGGGCUAAAGUAAAAUUUUGUCAAGUAA